AUGUUUGGAGCCAGCAAUUUGACAAAUUCUACCUUUUAUUCCGAUCACGCAGGGAAAGAAUUGCAUACUGCAGAAACGACGCCUUUGUAUCAUUUUCUGGCGUAUUGCAUCUGUGCGGCAACAUUUGCGAGCGCAUUCUUUCAAAUCACUACCCGACUGAAGUUGCAUCGGGUAACAAAGUUUUACGGUACAUCAAUUGCCACAAAGUACGUGGGAAGAAUUCCUCAUUUAGGUGCAGGUGGUAUUUCGUUUAGCUUGAUGGCAAUGCAAGCAGCAAAGACGUUUGAAAUAGAACAUAAAAAGCUUAAAAUUCCUGAAGAAGAACUCAGACGCGAGCAAGCAAUUCAAGGUAUUUGUGGUUCCCUACUUGCUUUGAAUGCUGGAGUAGCAUUAAAUUAUUUGUUUGACCGGAGUCAAAUAAUAGGAAUCAAUUCUACAGUACGUCUUGGUGGAACUAUAUUUGGAGUCUUAUAUGCAAUAUGUGGAAAUGCUAUUUGGGAGAGAAGCAAACAAAUCUUUUAUGAACGUGAAGAGAGGCUGCAAAACGCAAUUGCUGGCAAACCAAUCCGUAAAGAAGUCCAGCUUUCAUCAACCGAAGAUAUCAAAAGAGCUCGUCCAGAAGCAGAAUCAGAAGCUGCCGCAGAAGAGCCUAUUCGUCUAGUGUAGGAUGUUGGCAAGAAAAGCUGGCCAUAGGUUUGUUGUCAUCCUGUAUCCUCUUUAUUGACCAUCACUAAUUUAUAGCACAGUUUGCGGCACUUUACCAGUCUCUCUUAACGCGUUGCAUAGAUGUUUACUCCAAUACAAAACACACGUGUGCCGUUAACAGCCUGCAAUACAGUGUUCAUAUGCAUGCACCCACAGGCAAUAAACAGCGCGGGCGCCGCGCUUGCGCAAGUAUGGACCCGG